GGUUAUCUUUUUUUUUUUGUCUUCCUCCCAUUCAGUCUGAAACAAUCACUUUCACCGUCUCUCCAUAGCCACGCUGUCCCUCUCUUCGUUCCAUUGUUAGCCUGUGGACUCUCUGCCGCUCGGUCUCGCUCUCUCCGCGCGCGCACGCACCCCGCACAGGACAGUUUUGCUCGGCAGAGUUUCUCCUGUAGUUUUGGACUUCUUCCUGCGCAGCGGAGGGUGUUGGUCAUCACACGGCCAGUCAUCUAGGCUGAGGGUGGGAGUUGUACUCCGAGGGACGGUUCACAACCAGAAGCUUAGCAAGCCCAGCCAGUCGUACGGGCAGCAGAAAAGACCGGGCUUCUGUGGACUUCUACAAAGAGACACACUGACCAAGGAACCCGUAUGAUGACAUAGCAGCGGAUGGAAGACCUCUCGACAAUACGCGGUUGAUAGGGCCUUUGUGUUUCGGGACUGAGAACUGGGCCAGCCUCUCGCUCUGGAAUGUGUGUUUCUCACAGAGUUCCUUCCACCGCCGCUCACAGAGCCGGGUGCUGGCUCCGGACGAGGGCUCGGGUGGUGGUGUGAACUGGGUCUGUGUGGUUGGGGCUUGGCCCUGGGUGGAGCUGACGGGGUGUGCUGUUGAUUAGACGUGCCCUGCGGACCUGACGGCGGUGGGGCGGGGGGGGGGUGAAAACCCUGGCCUUUAUGCGGUUCUGUGAGAACUCUGGGUGUUGGCCGGUCACCGGGCCGGGGAGUGGGAGAGCAGGAAGACCUGGCCAGAUGGAGACCAGUCCUGGGUGCAGCCUCUUCCCCAUGUGCUGGGCGCCAGAAUAUGACAGACACCUAGCGCACAGCAAAGGCAUGGCAACAGCUUACCUGGACCCCAACCUCAACCACGCCCUUGCUGGGGGGGCCAAGUCGCGACUCAGCGCGGGCACAGGCACUGAGCGGGCUCCUGGGGCCCCUGACAGGGUCCUGAAGGUCUUCCAUCACUUCGAGAGCAACAGUGAACACAGCACAUGGGCCAGCAACAUCCGCCACGGGGACGCUACUGAUGUCAGGGGGAUCAUCCAGAAGAUCCUGGACAUCCACAAAGUGAAAUGCGUGGCGUGCUUUGGACUGCGCCUCAGCCACUCCCAGUCCGGCGAGGUGCACUGGCUCCACCCUGAUAUGGGCGUGUCCCACGUGAGGGAGAAAUAUGAGCAGAACCGCCCCCAGGAGGAGUGGAGGUAUGAGCUGCGGAUCCGCUAUCUUCCCAAGGGAUUCCUGCACCACUUCACCGAAGACAAACCCACUCUGAACUACUUCUACCAGCAGGUGAAAAAUGACUACAUGGUUGAAAUAGCUGACCAAGUCGAGCAAGACAUUGCGCUCAAGUUGGGAUGCCUUGAAAUCAGGAGAUUCUUCCGGGAGAUGCGAGGAAAUGCCCUGGACAAGAAAUCAAACUAUGAACUGUUAGAAAAAGAUGUGGGCUUAAGAAGAUUCUUCCCCAAGAGCUUACUGGAUUCUGUCAAGGCUAAAACCCUGCGGAAGCUGAUCCAGCAAACCUUUAAACAGUUUGCCAACAUGAAUGAUGACCAGAGCAUUCUUAAGUUCCUGGAAAUUCUAGCACCCGUCUACAGAUUUGAUAAAGAAUGUUUUAAAUGUGCUCUCGGGUUAAGCUGGGUCAUCCAAGUAGAGCUGGCCAUCGGACCAGAGGAGGGCAUCAGCUACCUAACAGACAAGGGCUCCACUCCAACACACCUGGCCAACUUCACCCAGGUGCAGACCAUCGGAUACUCCAUCAUGGAGGACAAGGAGAGGAAGGGCAUGCUGCAGCUGAACGUGGCUGGGGCAGCUGAGCCCCUCACGGUGACCACUCCCUCACUCACCACUGCUGAAAACAUGGCUGACCUCAUAGAUGGUUACUGUCGCCUGGUGAACGGAGCGACCCAGUCCUUCAUCAUACGGACGCAGAAAGAGGGAGAGAGAGCUCUGCCGUCAAUCCCCAAGGUACCCAACAAUGAGAAGAGAGCGGUUGAGGGUUUGGUCCGGAGCGCCGGUGUGCGGGCCAUCUCUGUAUCAGACCCUGUGACCCCAGCGACUCCUAAAGCCAGGCGCUUUCUCCUUCCUUUCGUCUUCUGUGCCCAUGACUCUCCGCCAAAGGAGGAUUGUAGUGGAGAUGAGACGGAUGACUAUGCGGAGAUCAUAGACGAAGAGGAUACCUACACCAUGCCCUCAACAGUGAGCUAUGGAGUAGAUGAAGCCCGGGACUAUGAGAUCCAGCGUGACCGGAUAGAGUUGGGACGAUGCAUUGGCGAGGGGCAGUUUGGGGAUGUCCACCAAGGAGUCUACAACAGUCCGGAGAAUCCCACUCUGAAUGUGGCCAUUAAAACCUGCAAGAACUGCACAUCGGACAGCGUGAGGGAGAAGUUCCUUCAGGAAGCACUGACCAUGCGUCAGUUCGACCAUCCGCACAUAGUGAAGCUGAUUGGCGUGAUCACAGAGAACCCUGUGUGGAUCAUCAUGGAGCUGUGCACCCUGGGAGAGUUGAGGUCCUUCUUACAGGUGAGGAAGUACAAUCUGGACCUGUCAACGCUGAUCCUGUUUUCCCACCAGCUCAGCACAGCCUUGGCCUACCUGGAGAGCAAACGCUUUGUCCACAGGGACAUUGCUGCUAGGAAUGUGCUAGUGUCUUCCACUGACUGUGUGAUGCUGGGGGACUUCGGCCUGUCCCGCUACAUGGAGGACAGCUCCUACUACAAAGCUUCCAAAGGUAAACUUCCAAUCAAAUGGAUGGCACCAGAAUCAAUCAACUUCCGGCGCUUCACCUCAGCCAGCGACGUGUGGAUGUUCGGGGUCUGUAUGUGGGAGAUCCUUAUGUACGGCAUCAAGCCCUUCCAGGGGGUGAAGAACAACGACGUGAUUGGCCGGAUAGAGAACGGCGAGCGACUAGCCAUGCCUCACAACUGCCCCCCCACCCUGUACAGCCUGAUGACCAAGUGCUGGGCCUACGACCCCAGCAAGAGGCCCCGCUUCACGGAGCUCAAAACCCAGCUCAGUACUAUCUUAGAGGAGGAGAAGGCUCAGCAGGAGGAGCGGCUGAGGGUGGAGAUGAGACGUCAGGUCACUGUGUCCUGGGACAGCGGAGGCUCUGACGAAGCCCCUCCUAAACCCAGUCGACCCGGAUACCCCAGCCCUCGGACAAGUGACGGGUUCUACCCCAGCCCUCAGCAUGCUGGUCAGGUCAACCAUUACCAGGUUGGGUACCCCGGCCCUCACAGCAUGUCCGCUAUGCCCAGUGGAGGGUACCCCCCCCAGGCUGGCAUCCUGGACCCCCAUGAGGCCUGGAAUCACCACCGGCCCGGGGACAUCCCCAUGUGGUCCCCCAAUAUGGAGGACGGAGGUGCUCUGGACAUGCGCGGCCUGGGCCAGGUUCUCCCUCCUCACCUGAUGGAGGAGAGGCUAAUGAUGCAGCAGCAGCAGAUGGAGGAGGACCAACGGUGGUUGGAGCAGGAGGAGAGCUUCCUGAAGCCAGAAUCCCGGAACUCGCGGGGCAGCAUUGACCGGGAGGACGGCAGUAUCCAGGGCCCGACUGGAAACCAACACAUAUACCAGCCUGUUGGACUGGGGAAACCAGAGCAUGUGGCCCCUCCUAAGAAGCCCCCUCGUCCUGGAGCCCCCAGUCACUUGGGCAGUCUGGCCAGCCUCAACCCUGUGGACAGUUACAAUGAGGGGGUCAAGCCCUGGAGGAUCCAGCCACAGGAGAUCAGUCCACCCCCAACAGCUAACUUGGACCGCUCCAAUGACAAGGUGUAUGAGAAUGUGACGGGCUUGGUCAAGGCGGUCAUAGAGAUGUCCAGUAAGAUUCAGCCAGCACCACCAGAGGAGUAUGUUCCCAUGGUCAAGGAGGUGGGCCUAGCAUUGAGAACCCUGUUGGCCACAGUGGAUGAGACCAUACCAAUGUUACCAGUAAACACACACAGAGAGAUUGAGAUGGCCCAGAAGCUGUUGAACUCUGACCUGGCUGAGCUCAUCAACAAGAUGAAGUUGGCCCAGCAGUACGUCCUCACCAGCCUUCAGCAGGACUACAAGAAGCAGAUGCUGACCGCCGCUCACGCCCUGGCAGUGGACGCCAAGAACCUGCUGGACGUCAUCGACCAGGCCCGGCUCAAGAUGAUCCACGCCCAGUCUCGGGGGUCACACUAGCCCCCUCCUGGUCCCUAGCCCCCUUGGCAUGAAAGACCUCCAGAUGGACAGCGGGUUUAACAAAGGGGAGGGGGUGGGGGGGCUGGUCCUAUUGAAAUGGGCUUUGUUGGUUUCGGCUCCCGUGGCAAUCAUAGACAGCACAAUACGACACUAGUCAAGACUGCUCCGUUCACACCUGGCUCCGAGCUCCUGUAGCUAGGGGAAAAGACGGAAAACUUCACUCGACCAUCCCCUUCCUGAAAACCUUUUAUAUAGACUUCUGUUCGAUCUGUCUUUGCGCUCCAGGAUCCCUUGAUGUUUGGAGAGCAAAGUAUUCUUUUAUUAUAUUUGGCUGUCUCGUUCGUGCCGAUUGUUGUUUUUUUUUAUCCAGAGACUGUCUGCUCAUGCCAUCCGACAUCUUCCAGGUGGAUAAUGAUUUCAGAUCUGAUCUGGGAAUAGAAUAAAAAUCGAACUGGAACUUUCGAACAAUUGAACUACCGAGUUACAUGGCGAUGAUUAACAUUCUGUUGUGAGAUGUGGUCAGGUUUUUGUUGAAGACAGUCCUACAGCAUAUUCUUUUCUGCCCAACAUACUGUAGUUUGGUUCUUUUGUACACUUUUUUUUUUAGCAUCCUCUGACAGACUCCGGCACCUCCACAGUGAAUAAUAAAAUAUAAAAAUUAAUCUAUGAAACCUGUCACAAGCCACUUACAUUAACUUAUAGUAAAAAUAUAUUUUUAAGCGUUUAACAUUUCUAAGACUGAAAUGUUACAUGGUGCUUUCACCAUAAAGCUGAAGUUCUACAGUAACAUCAACUGUGCCAAAUGACUGAAAAACAAAUUUGCCAGUUCCGCUGAAAGCUGGUUCCCCAUUGCUACCCAUCACUGAAACAUUUUGUAUAUUUAAGCCUAGUCGUGUUUUAGCUAAUGGUCAUUGACCUGGGCCAUAUUGAUUAGGGCACAGGAUCUAAACUGAAAACUGACCGGUGAGUUUGCGUGUCGAGGCUCCUGUAUACAAUCAUCAUCAGACUGCUCACUUUGGGUGUAACUUAUUCUCAGGAAGAAUAACCUGUACAGUUCCUUAACCUAAUAAAAUGUAUCAUUGUCUUCUGAAUGUU